AUGGCGAAAUGCCACCGAAAUGACGUCGGAUCAGUAGUUCUAGACCGCGUCAACGGCGGACACUUCAAACUAUGGUCCGCAUUUUCCGGCGCAUCAUUCCGCCGGAAAAUCAUAGACACCAUGCGCUGCGGCGGUGGCAGCAUUUCUCGACGAGCGAAACCCACCAAAACUUCGUCGGAGAAGCCAAAACACCAACCUGAAUGCAGAUCCGAACGUAAAUCAGAGCCGAAGAAGAAAGGUGGGUCCGACAAGUUAUCGGAGCUUCUGAAACUAUCAGAGUUGUCGGAGAAUGAAGAAGAUGUGAAGAGGAAAGUGGAGGCAUUGGAGGGGUUUAAGAGAGUGGCGAAGAAGUUACAGUGUGAAAACGACGCCGUUUUGGAAGCAGCUAUGGAGGUGAGGAGGCUGACGAAGGAAGAUUCGGAGGCGAGGACAACAUUAGCUUUGAUGGGAGCAAUUCCACCGCUUGUGGGAUUGCUUGAUUCGGAGGAUUUGCAGUCUCAGAUCGUUGCUUUGUAUGCUUUGCUCAAUCUGGGGAUUGGCAAUGAUGAAAACAAAGCUGCCAUUGUUAAAGCAGGGGCUCUUCAUAAGAUGCUGAAGCUCAUUGAUUCUCCAAAUGGGUCACCAAACCUGCUUGUUGCCGAAGCAAUAGUUGCCAAUUUUCUUGGCUUGAGUGCUCUUGACUCGAAUAAACCUAUUAUUGGUUCUUCUGGUGCAAUCCCAUUUUUGGUAAACACCCUUAAAAAUUUGGAUAAAACAAGCAGUUCUCAAGUGAAACUAGACUCUUUGCGAGCCCUAUACAAUAUUUCAAUCUUGCCUUCGAACAUUUUGCCAAUUCUUGAAACCGGUUUGAUACCUUUUCUCUUGAGCUUACUGGGGGAUAUGGAAGUAAGUGAAAGAGUCCUAUCGAUUUUUAGCAAUAUAGUAUCUACUUCAGAGGGACGAAAGGCGAUUAGCAUUGUGCCGGAUGCUUACCCAAUUGUGAUUGAUGUGUUGAAUUGGACUGAUUCAUCGGGCUGUCAAGAGAAGGCAUCAUACAUUUUAAUGGUGAUGGCUCACAAGGCGUAUGGAAAUAGGCAGGCCAUGAUUGAGGCUGGAAUUGUGUCAUCCCUUCUUGAAUUAACACUUCUGGGCAGCACAUUAGCACAGAAAAGGGCAUCACGGAUUUUGGAGUGUUUGAGAGUAGAUAAAGGGAAGCAAGUAUUGGAAAAGUUUGGGGGAGGGUUGAGCGCAACGGUGUCUGCUCCAAUAUGUGGGUCGUCAUCAUCAUCGGUAGACGCAAAUCAUCAAUUGAAGGAGUGUGUGGAGGAGGAGAAUGAUAUGAUGAGUGAAGAGAACAAAGCAGUGAAGCAAUUAGUUUGCCAGAGCUUGCAAAACAACAUGACUAGGAUAGUGAAAAGGGCCAAUCUGCCACAAGAUUUCGUUCCAUCGGAUCAUUUCAAGUCCCUCACAUCAAUUUCAACAUCAAAGAGCUUACCAUUUUGA